AUGCCGCGACUAAGAAACCUUCAACGUGUGCUUCAGCACUCAAAGCCACCCAAGCCUAUUAUUCCUCAUGCCCGCGAGAUCAAGGCGCCCGUGGCUGUUGAGCGGUCGGCUGUCCCCGAUCCCACCGCUUAUUCCAAGCACUCACAAAAGCUUUACGACAUGUUUGUCGAGGACGUCGCAGCCAACAGACCCCAUUUCCCUAUCGGUGGUAAAGAAGUGUACUUUCCUUGGGCGCCCAUCACCCUUCUACGACCCAGCGCCAGAAUGACACCUUACCAGGCCCAGUUCGUCGUUCCUUUGAACUUCAACAAGUUGGACCUCAGAGAUUACCUCUGGCAUGUUUAUGGCCUGCGUGCUCUCAAUAUAACGACUCAGGUUAAGUGGUCCCAGUGGCAUCGUCAGGGCUACUCCCGCUAUCGCACUCCUCAGGUCAAGAAGAUGAUCAUCGAUAUGGACCAACCGUUCAUCUGGCCUGAAGUCGAUACUGCCGCGGAGGAGUCUCAUCAAAAAUCCACAAACUUGACUUUCACCAAACACGAAGAGGAGCUUCGUGACAGACUCGGUUCUGACAGCACAAAACCAGCAAAAGCAUUCGAUGGCUUGCUCGGCCCUUACCCGGCUGCUCCGAAGCCCUAUGUUCCGAAAAAAAUCAAAGCCAACAUGGCCAAUCUGCGCGAUAAAAGCUCCAAGGCCGUGGACAAAAAAUCUGAGGAGGAGCUGAUCCGCCGGUUCACUCAGCUUUGA